CUAAUUCCUGUCUAGUUACAACACAAAAUUUGCAGCCCAUCGUGUGCAAAUUUGAUGAAUUUACUAACUUCAGUGCUGCAAAUAAAAAUGUAUUCAUAGUGGAUGUGCUGGUUCUGGGGUUUGCAAACCUUGUGGCGGAUGCAAUAUCAAUGGGGCUCGGGGACUUCCUGUCAAGCAAGGCCGAGCAAGAUGUUCUUGUCAAAAAAAGGCAAGCAACUGAAUGGGAUGUCGCGAACCACAGAAGUGAAGAGCAAAAGGAGCUAAUUAGACACUAUGAAGCUCUUGGGAUGGAAAAUCAUGAUGCAACCAUGGCCGUGAACAUGUUUGCCAAAUACAAGAACAUAUUGGUGGAGCAGAGAAUGGGAAGUAACAAGGAAAUGGUGCCAGCAGAUGGAGAAGUUCAGCCAUGGAAGAAUGGGCUUGUCACCUUUGUUUCAUUCAUGCUGUUCGGUUCUGCCCCUCUACUCGCUAUCGUCGUUCUCAUUCCAUUCACAAACAAUGAUUCCGUCAAGUUCAUGGGAUCUUGUAUUGUCACAGCACUGGUUCUUGCUCUUCUGGGGGUAGCAAAGGCAAGGAUUGCAAGUAACAACUAUGUCUCUUCUGUUGCUGUCACUCUCUUCAAUGGAAUCGUAGCUGCAGCUGCUGCUUACUCUCUCGGAUGGUCCCUUCAGACAACCUCGUCGAUCAAAAUCCCCCCUUUUUCAUCACACGCAGUGCUAUUACUAGAAUGGAAUAUACAAUGACUUAAUUUGCUUGGACUGAGAUGUUCAGAUU